GACGUUGGCAUUGGUUUUGUGGCAGGUAGCAAUUGGCAUUUCUCUCUUUAGACCUUCAAACUUCAAAUCAAAUCAAAUUUGUGUCUAAGAAAGUGUGUGACUUUGUGUCUGUUCUCUUCUGCACACUCAGUGAGUGAGUACUAGUAUCUCACUAUCACAACCCAACCCACACGUCUUCUUCACCAUGAAAGCAACAACCUUAGCGGUCCCUUCAUAUACAACAUCCUUAAAACAGUGAAUGAAACCCACCUUAGUUGUCUCAGUUUUGUGUCUGCAGCUAUGUUGUUCUUAGAAAUCAGAACCUUGAUUCAGUGAGUGGUGACUACCCAUUUUUCCUUUUGGGAUUUAGGAUCAAAAACUUUCUCCAAAAUGGAAACUUUAUCAAACAAGAGUGAUGUUUCUCAAAAGAAAAGAGAUGGGGUUCAGUCCUGUGUCACGGAUUCCAGUGCAGAUUCUAGAGGGACCAGUUUCAGUGGAUCCAGUUCUUCAGCUUCUUCUGAAGAAGUAAAAGUGAAAGGGUCUUCCUCACCUGCUCCACUUGGCUGGCCUAUUCUCAAGGCUUCAGUUUCCAAGCGCUUAAAUUCUGAUGACAAAGAAAAUCAACAUGAGUCCCACUUGGAAGACUCAAAAUUUACCAGUAUAGGUUUACAAAUUUCAGAUGUUGACAUGAUGAAGGAAAGGUUUGCAAAAUUGUUGCUUGGGGAAGAUAUGUCAGGUUCUGGAAAAGGGGUUUGCACUGCUUUGGCCAUUUCAAAUGCCAUUACUAAUCUGUGUGCCACUGCAUUUGGGCAAUUAUGGAGACUAGAACCUCUACCUUCUGAGAAGAAAGAAAUGUGGCGGAGAGAGAUGGAAUGGCUUGUUAGUGUUAGUGAUCACAUUGUUGAAUUAAUACCUUCUUGGCAAACAUUUCCUGAUGGAAGCAAGCUUGAGGUAAUGACUUGCAGGCCUAGGAAAGAUAUUUUUAUCAAUCUCCCAGCUCUUCGCAAACUUGACAACAUGCUUCUGGAAAUUUUAGAUAGCUUCACUGCUACAGAGUUUUGGUAUGUUGAUCAAGGCAUUGUAGCCCAAGAUGCAGAUGGUUCGGCCUCUUUUCGCAAAACAAUUCAGAGGCAAGAAGAGAAGUGGUGGCUUCCAGUACCCCGUGUCCCCCCUGCGGGUCUCAGCGAGGACUCAAGAAAGAAGCUGAAUCACUCCAGAGAAUGUGCAAACCAAAUACUAAAAGCAGCCAUGGCUAUCAACAGCACUGCUUUGGCUGAGAUGGAAGUUCCAGAGUCCUAUUUGGAAGUCCUCCCUAAGAACGGAAGAACUUGCUUGGGGGAUUUUAUUUACCGUUACAUCACAUCAGAUCAGUUCUCCCCAGAGUGCCUGCUCGAUUGCUUGGACAUCUCAUCUGAACAUGUUGCGCUAGAGAUCGCGAACCGUGUGGAAGCAGCAAUUUAUGUAUGGCGUAGAAGAGCUCACUCCAGGUCCUCUCCUAGUCCCAACCGUACAAGCACAAGGUCAUCCUGGGAGAUUGUCAAGGACUUCAUGGUUGAUGGAGAUAAGAGAGAACUGCUAGCAGAUAGAGCUGAAAACAUUCUCCUUUCCUUGAAGCAGCGGUUCCCAGGCUUAUCUCAAACUACCCUUGAUACCAGCAAAAUCCAGUGCAACAAGGAUGUUGGAAAAUCCAUUUUGGAGAGCUACUCAAGAGUUUUGGAGAGCAUGGCUUUUAACAUCAUAGCCCGCAUUGAUGAUUUGCUCUAUGUGGAUGACCUGACCAAACAUUCAGACAAAUUUGCAUUAGUUCCUAGUACAGUUAACAUGGCUUCUCAGAAGAAGGUUUCAUGUCCAUCAUUCUCAGUGUCUGUCUCGGACACUCCACGCAAAUCAGCAGUUGGCACACCUCGCUUUUCACCCGCGCCGCUGAUUAGUCCUGCAAGAGGGGAGAGAACUCCUUUCCUCAACAACAACAACAACAUUAUUAAACCUCAUCGUCGCGGCUUUGGGGUGAGAAGAGUAUUGUCAAAUUAUCUUGGAGGAGAGACAACAAAAUCAAAGAUUGGUAGCAAUUCAAUUGGGGUGAAUGGUUCAAGCCCAAGUAGUAAAAAAACAGAACAACGUCUCAAGGAAUUAUCAUGCCCCAAAAACAGAACAAAAUGAAGCACAAAGAGUUUACCAGGGGCCUUAGAUUUAGUGGAGUACAAAUUCUUGUAAACAUUUAUGACAUUGUUUUUUCUUUUUAGGAGUAUUUGUAUCAUUCAUGAGGGAAUAUUUGUUUCGUUAUUGAGAAUUUAAAUUCAAAAUUUCAAAUUCAUAGUUACUACUUACUAGUUA